GCUCCUUGAUUGACUUCUCUCUGACCUUGAAGAAUAUUCGAUGAAGGGCGCCCUCCUUGCCACCAACGCAGCGAUGGGGAAGUGACUACUGGGUAAUGACCGCUGCAGAGCUCCGGCUCGCCGCAAGCUGUAACGUAACUCGUCGGUUCCGUUGCACUGCCUCAAUGUACCCCGUCAUCGAAGUCUUGGGGUCUGGAUUUGAAUUUUUCCCCUCCCUUUUUCGGAGGGUAUCUUUAAUUUAUUUGUCUUUUUUAUUAUCCGCUGGUAUUAUUGAUUUGAUACUCCGUACUGUCUUUCAUGUCGACUCCCUUGUGGCAUUCCCAACCCGGUUUGCAGACGCCUGUCCAGUGCCACCACCUGAUGGACUGUACAUAGUAGACCGAAAAAGUGGUGACGGAAGAGACCACAUCCACCUCGUUAGUGCUUCUCUAGUCGGGACAACUAACGGGCGAGCUAGAAUUAAGGGGAAUGGAAUCUCCCCAAUUUCCCGGGAGCCCUCACUGGAGUCGGGAUAGUGAGGCAACUUUGCCCGGACCAGAAGGGCUACUAACCGUAAUCAUACUUCAUGCCGCUGUCCGUCAGUCCU